CAUUUCUAAAGCUCCCCAGGAAAAAUCGCUUUUACUUCAUUUAUAAUAAAAUUAAGGAUUUUAUAUUUAAAUUUUCUUUUGUUAAUUCUUCUAUUCUUCUUUCCAGGUAUACCGUUGACAUGGAACAGAACGAUGCAAUCACAUUCCUCGCUCUGGUGUCCCACGUCCUAUGCUACGCCAAUUCUGCAAUAAACCCUUUGAUCUACAACUUUAUGAGUGGAAAAUUCCGACGGGAAUUCCGUCGCUCGUUCUGCUGCUCAGCGAGCCCUAUCAGAGAGAACUUCACCACACUGACGCACCUCACGACGUCGAAAACGAAGCGACCCUGUGACCUUGUCACAUUUGAAUGCAGAACACCAGCUCACUACAAAAGCGUGUGCAGUAGCAGCUUAGUCGGAAACGGUUAUAGGAACAAUUGUCUUAGAUAAGCUGUAAAGGAACGUCAUGAUUCGGUUUACAUUUUUUUUUUAUUUUUAAGUUUUUUUUUAAUUAAAAUAUAAUCGUAUCUUCGCCUACGCUAUGGAUAUACGCAGGCCAGUACCAGUGAGGAAUAAUAAGUGUUGUUGAAGUAAAGUCAGUUGGUAUGUUACGACGAAAUCACCAAGAUGUUUUUUGUGAUACGUGAAAUGGCAAAUAAAUUGACAGCCCACCUCAUAGGAAGUGGUAAUCGUCACCUAUAGACAUGAACAGCACCGUGGACUUCACAGAGCACGCUGUGAUACCUGUUUAUAUAUUUUGUUUUUUGUUUUUUGUUUUUUAUUUUUUAUUUUGUUGCUUUUUUUAUUUCAUUCUUUUAUCUCUUUUACUGUUUAUAUAAUAAACAGUAAAAGAGAUAAAAGAAUGAAUGAAUGUAUGUUUUUUUUAUUGUAAUUUGUGUUUGUUUUUAAUACCACUGAGGUGGCAAACAAGCAUACGGCCCACCUGAUGGUAAGUGGUUACCGUAGCCUAUGAACGCCUGUAAUACCAGAGGUAUUAUUACACGCGCGUUGCCGACCCUGAAGAAACCUCUUUACGCCCCUUUUGAAGAACCCAAUGCUGUAGUCUCUAUUAUUGUAAUUUGUGUUCUGUAAGUUAUGUAAAUAAAUUAUCUAUCUAUCUAUCUACUCCUUAUGCGUUACCACUCCUGAGGAAUAGAUUUUGUCGCCACCAAAACCAAUAUGUUCAGUGACAGUUUAAAUAAGAAUUAUUAAAUGAUUAAUGCUCUAGAUCGCAAUCGGAGUUCUUGUAAAUAAUCAAGUAAUCAAUCAGAGAUAUUGAUUUUAUUAAAUUUGACAGAUAUUCCGUCAUUGCCUCACUUCAUUGAGAUUUGGAAUGAACGCUUUUAAUGAAUCGAAAAUAUAGUUAAAUAAAUAUAACAUAUGUAUCAUUAUCAUAAUAUAUUGUAUAUAUUAUGUAUCAUACGUACAAUAUAUAUAUAUAUAUAUAUAUAUAUAUUGUACUAUAUAUACGAGUA